UUCCGCGAUAACAAAGCGCAGAGAGGACAGGUGCACGCGAUCCGCUGCCCGCCACUUUAUAUGCUCCGCUCCCUCCAUUUAUCCAUUGCUUCCGUACACAAUCCAUGGCCAUGGCAUCAUCCUUCUGCGCUUCUCCACUCCCCUCCACCACUGGAACCUCAACGCGCCUCAAUUCUGCUAGUCGCUCCACACUCCACACAGCUCUUCGCCGGAGGAAUCCCCCGCCGCUACAAAAAUGGAGGAGGAACAACACCUCUUUUGUUGUACUCUGCCAAAAACGCCGAGAAAAUCAGCUGGAGUACAGAAAACUUGGCGAUUCCGACCUCGUCAUUAGCGAAAUCACGCUGGGAACUAUGACAUUUGGGGAGCAGAAUACGGAGAAGGAGGCUCACGAGCAGCUUUGUUACGCAUUUGAGCGUGGCAUUAAUAUUUUAGAUACUGCAGAAAUGUAUCCUGUUCCUGUGAAAAAAGAGACUCAAGGAAGGACAGAUCGGUAUAUUGCAAGCUGGUUGAAGUCACAGCCUCGAGAUAAGGUCAUUCUGGCCACAAAACUUUGUGGUUACAGUGAGCGAAUAUCAUAUAUUCGUGAGAAUUCAAGUGUUGCGCGAGUUGAUUCUGCUAAUAUCAAGGAAAGUGUGGAGAAAAGUCUUAAACGGCUUAAUACGGAUUACAUUGACUUGCUCCAAAUACAUUGGCCAGAUCGUUACGUUCCAUUGUUUGGAGAAUAUUUGUAUGAUUCUUCAAGAUGGAGGCCAAGUGUGCCAUUUGUUGAGCAGCUGAGGGCAUUUCAGGAGCUCAUUGAUCAAGGGAAGGUUAGAUACAUUGGUGUUUCCAAUGAAACCUCAUACGGAGUAAUGGAAUUUGUUAAUGCUGCCAAAAGUGAAGGCCUACCAAAAAUAAUCAGCAUCCAGAACUACUAUAGUCUGCUGCUUAGGUGCAAGUUCGAACUUGACCUUGUUGAAGUUUGCCACCCGAAGAACUGCAACGUUGGCUUACUUGCUUAUUCGCCACUUGCGGGCGGAGCUUUGUCCGGGAAAUAUCUCGACCCUAAUUCAGAAGCUGCAAAGAAAGGGAGGUUUAGCCUGUUCCCGGGCUAUAUGGAAAGAUACAACAAGUCCCUGUCUAAGGAAGCAACAGCAGUAUAUCUUGAUGUAGCAAAGAAGCACGGGCUAACCCUAGUCGAACUAGCUCUUGCAUUUGCGCGCGACCAGCCAUUUAUUACCAGUUCAAUAAUUGGUGCGACAUCGAUGGACCAACUAAAACAAGACUUGGACGCAUUUUUGAUGACUGAGAGACCUUUGGCAGCUGAAGUCCUUACAGAUAUAGAUAAUACUUUCAAGAGGUACAAAGAUCCCGCCAUUGAUUAGAAUUUACUUUACAUGAUAUUUUUUCGAAUUAAGAUGAUUUUUUUGCGGCAAUUCUACACCAUUUUUCAUUGAAACUUUACCCGAUUAUAAGCAAUGCUUUUGAAACUUGAUCGGAAUAUUUUUAUGGGUACAAUGUGGUGAAUAGUAUUUUUUGCUUGGAUUGA